AUGUCCGAUCAGAAUCGUCCAGGAAGGUCCUCCGGGCCGCCGGAAUCGCCAUCCCUCAAUUCCAGCGAAUUACCCGGCGUUCAGGCAAUACGUGCAGGCCGAUGGCCUCGCGUCAAGUUUAUUGACGAAUGGUCAUACAGGGGCAUCUUGAUUCUGAAAGUAGAGGCACGCCAGAAAAGGGUGGAUUCACGUUGGAAGACUGUCGAUGUCUUAGUCUUUGGGCAUACCAAACCAACCAGCAACCCACCAGUUCUCGUCACACUCAAGCGAGUUGGAUUGAACCCCAUCAGUAUGCAUGACGAAGAAAUGUUUUCGGGCCGUUCCUCAGGUAGUUCCCAGGUUCCUCACCAGAACACCGUGCUUUUCUGCGAUGGCCUUCGACUCAACAGCACUCGUGCCCAUAUAAUGCAGCACAACGUGGACUUCGAGGACGAUGCGUGGACAGAUACAAUGGGUUACGCGCCAUUUUGGUCAUCUAAUGAUAUGGCGAGGUUCCUCCAACAGCCUUUCCCUCAGCACCAACUCACAGAUGGCGAUGCACUACUGUGGAGGGCCUAUCCCGACCUCGCCGAGCUCUUAGGCACACCUCGGCCCCUGCAGUCUCCUCAACCUCCUCAUUCUUCGCAGCUUUCCAUAUUGGGCCCUAAUGCAACUUCCAUUUCAUCCGACGAGACCCUGCCAAUCAAUCCAAAUCACACACAACCAGCGCUGGCAGGACCACAAGCUCUUCCCGAGCCGUCAGAUACCUCGGAUUCAGCCAUGUCCCGAUUAACAGAUGAAGAGCAGGGAGAGCUUCUCAGGGAUAUUAUCAGCCGUAUCACCCAUAUGGUUGCUGCUCGGAAGGGAAUGUGUUUGAAGGAUAGUUGUGAACUUACUGUUCACCCAAACACUUGCGAUCCUAGACAUGAGUUUGGAGCGGAAGACUCCCACAAAAGAGGUACUGAGAAUAUUCACUACCACAAUUCGAGUACACUCAUGCGAGAAAAAGGGUUCCGGGUGUAUAGCAAUCACAACAAGUUGGCCAGCAUCAGCAAAAUACCAGCCAAGCCACCAAAAGCAGGAAGAAUAACAGCAGCAGCUCCUACAGAAGAACUCGAUGAAGCAGAAGAAGAAGACGAAGAGUCCGAAGAUCCUGUAGCCACAGACCCGCCAGUCGGAGAGGACGCCGAAUUUCUGCUUCCCGACGAACUCGAGGACCCAUUGAACGAAGCAGAAGCCGAAGUCAUCGAUCCAGAAGGCGAAGAAGGCACAGUAGCACUAACGAUACCUCCCACCGACCCCGACGUAGGCGACGCACUCGUCAUCCCAGACAUCGACCCAGUCAUGAAACUUCCGCUCGAUAUCUGCAUACUCGACGCCACAAGACUUGAAUAG